UUCGUACCAGACAAAGAUUUAAGUUUUUAUAUAUCUCUCUUCUUAAGAAAUAAAAAAAAAAAAUGUCUUGCAACUGCGGAUCAAGCUGUAACUGCGGCUCCAGCUGCAACUGCGGAAGUAAGAAGAAGAUGUACCUAGACAUGAUUGAUGAGCCGAUUCCAACCGACGUGGCUAUAGCUACUCCAGCCAAAGUUUCAUGCAUGUAUAGUUUUAAGUCUCGUAUGGCAACAAACAAAUAUCUAUGCAAGCAUGGUGGGGGAGCGGAGGAGGGUUUCAUGGCUCAUGCAGCUGCGGCGGAGGGCUUCAUGGCUCACGCAGCUGCGGAGGGAGCUGCACUUAUGUAUUAAUCCUUGAUUAAUUAAAUCCUCAUACUAAUUAAGAUCAAAUAUAUGUUUAUGUGCUCUGUGUUGUAUAUAUUAUGUGUGUUUCUUAUUUCUAAAUAAGACUCAUGUUAGGGCUUGGUUUAUCUAUAGAUCAUGGCCACAGUAUAUAAUUAAUGAUUUACUGUGGUCUCUAAGCUCUGUUUCGAUGUACGAACCUGUUUCUAAAUCAUCUUAAUUAUGAGGAUAUGUAUUGAUUAAGUGUUGUGUUUA